AUGAACGUUUCUCUUAACGCGACGGCCUUAAACUCGACCACUAAUGCGAGGCAAGUUACAUUGUUUGGUCUGGUUUCAUUCCUUUGCAUUGCAAUCGUCCUUCUCCCGAUUGGCAUCGCUGGAAACCUUCUCGUUAUUAUAGUCGUAAAGAAGAAACGAUAUCUUCGCACAAAGACGAACUUCUUGCUUGCCAACCUGGCUGCGUCUGACUUAAUGGCAAACGUUCUGGCGUACACAGUGGGAAUAGCACGAGCGUUUCCUAUGCCUUCAAGGACCUUGGGCUUAUUUCUUUGCAAGAUUAACUCCUAUUAUCCGGCUGCAUCGUUUUGCUCUAUUCUAACACUGACCGUUAUCGCUCUGGAACGAUACAAUGCCAUUGUGAAACCUUUAAGCAAUGGACUCAAGUUUAGAAAGCGAACGCUUCGUUAUUUUAUCAUCGCUAUUUGGAUUUUGUCAAUAGCCGCCGUUACGCCUUUGGUGUACUUUGACGAAUACAGCUCAGAGCAACUUUGUGUUCGAACAUGGAGUGUACAUUUGAAUUUUACCUUCUGGACGUGUGCCAUAGUUCUCGCUAUCGCCCUACCUGUAAUGGUCAUAAUAUACUGUUAUUUUCACAUAAUUCGUACGCUGUAUUUUGGUCCUAAGAUAAUCCCGAUGAACAUUCCUAAAGAAGUGGACGCACAGGAGAAGAAGAAGGUCAUAAAACUCUCCAUCAUUGUCACGUCUAUUAUUAUCAUCGCGUUCACACCGUUUUCGAUUGUAAGACAGCUUGAGAUACAUGGGCCAGUGCCUAAUGAGGUAACAGUGCUUGCACUAAGUCUUAUACUUCUGUCUUCAGUUUUGAACCCUUUUAUUUAUGCCUUUCAAAGCACAAACUAUCGACAAGCCUUCAAAGAGACCAUAUGUGGUUGUGUAACGCGAAGAUGACCUUAUGGCUUAUCAAAAGAAGCCCUGUGGAUCGCCUUUGAAGGUUGUCUUGCCGUUCUUAAUUUCUGCGAACAACCAGCACUUUGCGUAGGAACGGCAAAGACGUGAAAUGGAAACUCAGUGAACCGAACAUAAACUGAAAACAACCCUGCGCUGCCUUGAUAAAUGCCCUUAAAUAGUAUGUUUACACCAGCAGUCAGGGCCGUAGCUAAUAAAAGGCUAACUGAGGCAGUUGCAUGCCUCAGUCAUUGUUUUCGUUUUUUGUUUUUCUUAAAGUCAUCCAUGAUAAACACCCUGAAUACAAAGGAAGACAAUUGAAAACCACGGGCAUUGCCUCAGUCAUAGAAAAGAUUUCGCUUACAGCACGUUGGAACCUUAUUCUCAUUAUCAUACCUUAUUGUGAUUUCUGAAAACAUGUAGACGCAAUAUAUUUGACGAUAUAUUUUUUGACUACAUCAGAUAUAAACAGCUAGAACAUGAAAGCCAAUAUCUUGGAGAACCUUUAAUAACUCAAAACAAGGACAAACGUUACUACCCACUAGCGAUAUAAAUAUUUUUAAUUACAAAGAGAAAGAACAAAGCUCAAUAUGCGUUGAAAAGAAUAAAUGAACUUAACUGACUUUGCAGGGGAGAAGUAACAAGGCAUUUUCUUAGUCCUUUUUUCAACUACCAAAAACAAAAUAAAAUUUUGCGUGCCCGGUGGCGGAAAGGUUUAAAAAGCAUGGAUAGAUUAAGGUACUCAAAAAAUAAACAGUAUUAUUUGACCCUUGCCAACGUUAUAUAUAAAAUUAAUGACUUUGCCGAUAUUGAUGGAGUGUGCGAUAUUUUGUGUCUACGCGAAAUUUUCUGUCCACUGACUCUGGCCAUGAUCAGCGAGUGUAGCUUGGAAAACACGAGAUACGCGAAACUGACUAAGCCAGUACCCUUGGCUCAUUAUAGAUUUAUUUCUGAAGGCUUUCGCGCCUGGCUUGGGAUGGUUGGGAAGCACUUAAUGGGUCACUUAUUUGUGGCAGCGUUUACUGGUGUUUUCUCUAUCGUAGUUGGUAAAGCUAUAUUCUAGGUUGCACACUACAGUUCAUCAGGCAAGGUGUGAAUACUAACAGUUUUCAGUGCAUAAGUCAAAUUAUUCUCGCAUUUCGAUUGGUUCUCACUUGUGAUCUAUUUGAGGACAGACACAAAGAUGGCCUCAAUAUCAUUCUUAUUUUUUCUUUACAAUAUAAAACAUGUAGAUUCCAUGCUGUGCGUCUGUUCAGUAAUAGAUUACAGAUGACGCCAAAUUGUGAUAAGAACAUCAGUGGCACACUCGGCUAUCGCUUCGUGUCCUAAUUUUUUUUUUUUUUU